GGGAGGAGGGGGAGCGGGGGGCGGGGGCGGCCGAGGAGGACGCGGCGGCGGCGCUGCUGCUGCUGGAGGACGAGGACGAGGCCGAGGAUCCGCCCCCCGCCGCCGCCGCGUCCCAGCCCCAGCCCUCGGGCCGGGCCUCGGCGCAGCCCCGGCCGCCCGCAGCCGCCUCGCCGGCCAUGGCAGCGCCCGACCCGCAGCCCCCCGAGUCCCCGGCACCGCCGCAGCCCUCGCCGGGCCCCGACCAGGGCGACGCGGACGCCGAGCCCGAGCCCGACGCGGCCUUGGCCCCGGACGGCCAGCGCGACCCAGCGCCCGCCCCCAAGGCCGGCGGCGACGCGGAGCGGGGAGAGGAGCGUAGUGAGAAGUCAAAACCCACGAGUUCAGAUGGAGAGCGUCGUGGGGUAAAGAGACAGCGGGACGAGAAGGAAGAGCACGGCAGGGCUUACUAUGAGUUUCGAGAAGAGGCUUAUCACAGUCGUUCAAAGUCUCCCCCGCCCCCUGAAGAAGAGGUCAGAGAUGAGGAAGAGGACCCGACCCUUGUGAACCUAGACACGUAUACCUCGGACCUCCAUUUCCAAGUCAGCAAAGACCGGUAUGGGGGCCAGCCGCUUUUCUCUGAGAAAUUUCCCACCCUCUGGUCGGGAGCCAGGAGCACCUAUGGAGUCACGAAGGGCAAAGUCUGUUUUGAAGCCAAGGUGACCCAGAACCUGCCCCUGAAGGAAGGUUGUACCGAGGCGUCUCUUCUUCGAGUCGGGUGGUCUGUUGACUUCUCCCGGCCACAACUUGGUGAAGAUGAAUUUUCUUAUGGCUUCGAUGGCCGGGGGCUAAAGGCAGAAAAUGGGCAGUUUGAGGAAUAUGGCCAGGCCUUUGGGGAAAAUGAUGUCAUUGGCUGCUUUGCUAAUUUCGGGAGCGAGGAAGUGGAGCUGUCUUUCUCUAAAAAUGGAGAUGACUUGGGUGUGGCUUUCCGGGUCAGCAAGGAGUCCCUGAGCGAGCGGGCUCUCCUGCCCCACGUCCUCUGCAAAAACUGUGUGGUGGAGCUCAACUUUGGCCAGAAGGAGGAACCCUUCUUCCCCCCUCCUGAGGAGUUUGUGUUCAUCCACGCUGUGCCCGUGGAGGAGCGGGUUCGGACGGUGCUGCCGCCCAAGACCACGCAGGAGUGCGAGGUGUUACUGAUGGUGGGACUACCUGGAUCUGGAAAGACCCAGUGGGCAUUGAAGUAUGCACAAGAUAAUCCUGAGAAAAGAUACAAUGUCCUGGGAGCUGAGACUGUGCUCAAUCAGAUGCGGAUGAAGGGGCCUGAGGAGCCAGAGAUGGACCCCAAGAGCCGGGACCUUUUAGUGCAGCAAGCCUCCCAGUGCCUUAGCAAGCUGGUCCAGGUGGCCUCAAGGACAAAGAGAAACAUCAUCCUGGAUCAGUGUAAUGUGUACAACUCCGGCCAGCGGCGGAAGCUGCUCCUCUUUAAGACCUUCUCCCGGAAAGUUGUGGUGAUCGUCCCCAAUGAGGAGGACUGGAAAAAGAGGCUGGAGCUGAGGAAGGAGGCGGAGGGAGACGACGUGCCGGACACUGUAAUGCUGGAGAUGAAAGCCAACUUCUCUCUGCCUGAAAAAUGUGACUAUAUGGAGGAGGUGACCUUUGGGGAACUGGAGAAGGAGGAGGCCCAGCCGCUGGUCACCAGAUACAAAGAGGAGGCGAGGAAGCUGCUGCCCCCUUCCGAGAAGCGGACAAACCGCCGCAACAACCGCAACAAGCGCAACCGGCAGAGCCGCAGUCGCGGCCAAGGAUACGUCGGCGGGCAGCGCCGGGGCUACGACAACCGGGCCUAUGGGCAGCAGUACUGGGGGCAGUCUGGAAGCAGAGGGGGUUACCGUAACUUCUACGAUCGAUACCGAGGAGAUUACGAUCGAUUCUACGGCCGGGACUACGACUACAACCGAUACAGGGAUUACUACCGGCAGUACAACCGGGAGUGGCAGAGCUACUACUACCAGGACCGAGACCGAUACUACAGGAACUACUAUGGCUACCAAGGGUAUCGGUGAAGUCCCAGCCCCAGGCGCCACCGGCCACAAGGAACGCAGCCUCGGGCCCCCCCGAGACACAACCAAUGAGAAAUGGGCUGGGGGGGGGAAGGAAGGGGGAGAAGGCAAACCAAGAAAAACUGUACAUUUUUUUAAAAAAAAGUUUGUUGAAAAGAAUAUUGUCUUAUUCUAUAAAACAUUUCAAACUUAGUUAGACAUUUGUAAUCAAAAACUUUUGCGCAUAAUACAGCCCUAGGGAUGCCUGUCGUGCCCUUGUAAGGAAUGGGACUGGACAGGUGAUGCGUUCCCCUGGCUCCUGACAUCCUGAGGCAGCUGGGCUGGCAGUGAGGCAGGGGAGAGGUCCCGAGGGCUGGCACUGGGGACAGAGGGAGAGGUUGGGACGGGGGCAGUGAAAAUAAACGAUUGGAUCUUAUCAAUCAUUCGCACCACUAA